AUGGUCAUGUCAUGUGGUGUUGUGAUGACGCGAUCAGUGUGGGCGUACAACCUUGAAGCUGAGUUUGAAUUAAUUCGUAGAAUGAUUAGGUUCUUCCCUGUCAUCUCUAUGGACACAGAGUUUCCUGGUGUCAUCUUUCAGUUAGAUCCAACAUUUCGACAACCACGAAAUAACUAUGCACUGAUGAAAGCCAACGUGGACCGUAUUAUGCACCUCAUCCAAGUUGGGCUGACUCUUUCAGACUGCCAUGGAAACCUUCCAACUUUUGGAACCUCCAAUCGCUUCAUUUGGGAGUUCAACUUUUGUGAGUUCGAUGUCACACGCCAUCUUCAUGCUCCUCACUCCAUCGCCCUCCUCCAAAGCCAAGGCAUGGAUUUUCAUAAGAAUCGUAGCUUUGGAGCCAACAUCAUGCGAUUCGUUGAGCUCAUGAUGACCUCAGGAUUCCUAUGCAACAGUCAUAUUCAGUGGAUUACUUUUCAUGGUGCUUAUGAUUUUGCCUACUUGGUCAAGGUAUUGAGUUAUCGUUUUUUGCACAUGCAACCAAUUCUACCUUCCAACUUGAGUGACUUUCUACAUCUCGUUAAAUUCUUCUUUGGACAGAAAGUAUAUGAUGUUAAACAUCUCGUCAAAUUUUGUCCCAAUCUUUAUGGCGGUUUAGAUAAAGUCAGUAAGUCCUUAGGUUUGGAUAAUAGUGCCAGAAGAAGCCAUCAUGCAGGUUCCGAUAGUUUGGUCACUCUUCAUGUUUUUAAUGAGAUUAAAAGACUUUAUUUUCAUACAGAUAGUGACUUGAAAAAACACGCAAGCGUUGUUUAUGGCUUAGAGAUGUUUUGA